AUGGCCAAAGGUACCAAGAAAGUCGAGAUCGUCGGUAAAUACGGGACCCGCUAUGGGGCCUCCCUCCGGAAAAUGGUGAAGAAAAUUGAAAUCAGCCAGCACGCCAAGUACACUUGCUCUUUCUGUGGCAAAAUCAAGAUGAAGAGACAAGCUGUGGGGAUCUGGCACUGUGGUUCCUGCCUGAAGACAGUGGCCGGCGGUGCCUGGACAUACAAUACCACUUCCACUGUCACGGUAAAGUCCACCAUCAGAAGACUGAAGGAGUUGAAAGACCAGUAG